AUGUGUUACCGGUCACUCUGCUCCUGUGGCGAUCGGGCAAUUGCUGAUGGAAGCCUUCUUGAUUUCUUACGGCAAGUUUCCACUUUUGGGCUCUCUCUUGUGAGACUAGACAUACGGCAAGAAUCAGACAGGCACACUGAUGUCCUCAAUGCUAUAACAAGGCACCUGGAGAUUGGGUCUUAUCGAGAAUGGUCUGAGGAACGUAGACAAGAAUGGCUCUUGUCUGAGCUUAGUGGCAAGCGCCCCCUUUUUGGCUCUGAUGUUCCCAAGACUGAAGAAAUUGCUGAUGUGCUGGACACAUUCCAUGUCAUUUCAGAACUUCCCUCAGACAAUUUUGGUGCUUAUAUUAUCUCAAUGGCGACAGCGCCAUCUGAUGUGCUUGCUGUGGAGCUUUUGCAACGUGAAUGUGGUGUGAAGAAACCACUAAGGGUUGUCCCAUUGUUUGAGAAGCUUGCUGAUCUUGAGGCUGCUCCUGCUGCCGUGGGCCGUCUCUUUUCAAUAGAUUGGUACAAAAACAGGAUCAAUGGGAAGCAAGAAGUCAUGAUAGGAUACUCAGAUUCAGGAAAGGAUGCUGGCCGGCUAUCUGCAGCAUGGCAGUUAUACAAGGCUCAAGAAGAGCUCAUAAAGGUUGCGAAACAAUAUGGGGUUAAGCUUACAAUGUUUCACGGUCGAGGUGGAACAGUUGGAAGAGGAGGGGGGCCCACCCAUCUUGCUAUAUUGUCUCAGCCACCUGACACAAUUCAUGGUUCACUUCGUGUUACAGUUCAAGGUGAAGUUAUUGAACAAUCAUUUGGGGAGGAGCACUUGUGCUUUAGAACACUCCAGCGUUUCACAGCAGCUACACUUGAGCAUGGAAUGCAUCCUCCUGUCUCACCAAAGCCCGAAUGGCGUGCACUAAUGGAUGAGAUGGCUGUCCUUGCAACAAAGGAAUACCGUUCAAUAGUUUUCCAGGAACCUCGUUUUGUUGAAUACUUUCGCCGUGCAACACCAGAGUUGGAGUAUGGCCGGAUGAACAUUGGGAGUCGUCCUUCAAAACGAAAGCCAAGUGGAGGCAUUGAAUCACUACGUGCAAUCCCAUGGAUAUUUGCUUGGACCCAAACAAGAUUUCAUUUACCAGUGUGGCUUGGGUUUGGGGCAGCAUUUAAGCAAGCUAUUGAUAAGGAUGCGAAACAUCUCCAUAUGCUUCGAGAGAUGUAUAAUCAGUGGCCUUUCUUCAGAGUCACGAUUGAUUUAAUUGAGAUGGUGUUUGCCAAGGGCGACCCGGGUAUUGCCUCUCUGUAUGACAAGCUUCUUGUGUCAGAAGACCUAUGGUCAUUUGGAGAGAGAUUGAGGGCCAACUAUGAAGAAACUAAGAGCCUCGUCCUCCAG